GCAUCACCGGAAGCACCUGGGAGAAUGAUGGCGUUACCGUGCGGGGGCGGGGUCCUCUCGUGGCUGAAGGUCCCCGAGUGAGCGCUGGCUGGACAUGCCCGGCUGGAAGGCAGCAAGACAACCACCCAGAAACCCACCACCAUGGCUGCCACCACUGCUACAGCUGGCCUUAGGAACUCAGAGAGUGGAAACAGUCCGUGGUCUUGGCUCGAGAGUACUGAAGCUAUAGUCGGGUUGGCACUGGCCAGCGCGGCGCUCGUAACCACAAUUGUGGGGCUGAUUGUGUACUUUAGAUGCAAGAGAAGCAAAAGUGCGCAGACUGAAGCCAGGACCCCAACCAGGGAGUCCUCCCAAAACGCAGAAGAGAAUUACCAGAACACCGGGAAUAAAGGACAACAUGUAGACCCCAAGCCAGAUGCCAAGGAUGAUGGUGGUGGCAGCGGAGGAGUCCUCUAUGCCUCCCUCACCCUCUCUACGUUAAACUCACCAGCAACAGCAGUGCCUCCCUUGCCCCGUCCCCAAGAGGGCCCCCAGGAAGAGACCCUAUACUCCGUCUUAAAGGCCUAAGCAGUGGGACGGAGUGGGGACCUCCUUCGAGUCAGCGGUGCACAGGGAUCUCAGCUCCUCAUAAUCUCCCCGGCCAGACGCAGACAGCUCAGAGGCCGGCAGGUGUGGGGCCACCAAGGACCUGAGAGUCACACAGCCCCCACCCCGAUUCCCUCUUCACUUCCCCAGCCUUUCACCACAAAAAUAAAAGGACCUGUGCAAUCUG